AAAACAAACGCCAUUUUUAAAACGUGUCUGUAGUUUUACAUUCAAUGCACAUCACCCCACAUAAAACAAAAGCACAAUCCCACAUGUUGGAAACAACAAAAUCAAUGAAACAUGACGUCUAUCUUGCGUCUGCUUGCAUAUCCAAUUACGUGACCGUCAUAAAUAACGACAAAAAGUAGACGAACACACACGUCAUCUGUGUCACUAAUCUGUGAGGUUUGCAAUCGUCACGAUUACAGCGCCGCGGAAAAGCGGAGGCCAUUAAAAGUUGCUCAAGUUUUGACUACAGCUUUCCCUAUUACGAUUAGUGGCGCCGGGACGAUCUCUCAAGAGAGUUUCAGGAGCAGAGGACCGAUACCGGCUCCAGCAUGACGGGGCUUAUCGGAGGUUGUUCGUGGCCGCCGCUCGCCCACCCUCGUCUGGCAGAACAGGAUGACGUGGAGGAGAAGAAUCACCAGGCGCCGGGCGAUGAAGCUAAACACCUGCAGGAGGACGCUACAUCCUUCAUCAGUCUCGCAGAAAGUGGAAUGCGCACUCCGCAGUGCCGGAUCUGCUUCCUAGGCCCAGACAAGGGAGAGCUGUUGAGCCCCUGCCGCUGUGACGGCUCUGUUCGCUUCUCUCACCAGUCUUGCCUUGUUCGCUGGAUCGGGGAAACAGGCUCCUGGAACUGUGAGCUCUGUCGCUUCAAGUACCAAGUCUUUUCCGUUUGCACCAAGAACCCACUGCAGUGGCAACCCAUCUCUCUGAACUUAAUUGAAAAGGUACAGAUUACAGCCGUCAUCCUGGGCGCUCUGUUCCUCAUAGCUAGUUUGGGUUGGCUUAUGUGGUCAAUUGUCAGCCCCUUUGCCGAAUUCCAGCGUCAGGAUUAUAUCUUUCAGAUAUUAUACGGCAUGUACGUCUUCAUGGACUUCGUUUGUAUAGGACUUCUAAUCCAAGAAGGACCAUCUGUUUACCGGAUUAUAAAGCGCUGGCAUACAAUGAAUCAGAAGUGGAAAGUGCUCAAUUAUGAGAAAAUGAAAGAUGCCAGCAGGAAAAGCGCUGGUGGUGAGGAAAGUACCACUGCGGAACUCCCCGAUAACGGGCAGGAGCCGAGGGGACGUUCAAGGUCUUGCAUUACUCUCUAUAUCGGCAAUACGAUUUUGAAUAUCCUGAACAGGCUAAGGCCCAACAACCUUACCAUCAACAAUGAGGUUGUCAUGAGGGUGACCACUGUAUAG